CUACCUCUCUUUAGCAUGGAAGAAACCUUGUCGAUGAUCAUCCAUGGGUGCAGACUUGCUAGAGAACUUGAGUCGAAUCUCGCAAACCUGACAGGACAGCCUAAUGCUCUCUCCAGCUCUUGUAAUGAGAUACUAAGAGUAUUUGAAAUGUCUGCGAAUCAUUUGAAUGAUCUGAUGAUGAACAGGACGAUGAGUAACUCUUCGUCAAUGGCGACUAUGACGUCAUCUUCUCCUUUAUUACUUCCUGCUCUUCCUCCUCAACUUCACCACCAUCCAAUUGUUGAUUAUGGUGAGUUCUCGUUGUUUGAACCGCAUGCUGUUGUUGCUGCAAGGACAAGCGUGCCAGAUAACAAUAAUAUACAGGAAUGGUUGAGGUCUAGUUACUCGCAGGCACUUGAACAAGUACAAGGUCAUGAGGAUACGGGCCACCAUUCAUCAGUAGGGCAUUUAUUGAGCAGUAAUAGCAUCAUUAACAUGGUAGAAGAUCAUGCGUACUAUCUACAGAAGCAACAACAAUAUGAAAGUAACAUAGAGUCAGAUCCUCGCAAGGGUAUUCCAGCAGUCGCUGCACAAAGAGCGCGCGCGCGGAAGAGAAAAGAUGGAGCCGACAAGCGUACAGUGAGAGUAGCAGGUCCUGUCAUGGGAAAUUUGGAGAUUCCACCAGACGACGGAUUUACUUGGAGAAAGUAUGGCCAGAAGGAGAUUCUUGGCUCAUCCUUCCCUAGAGGUUACUAUAGAUGCACUCACAAGAGCUUUUAUGGCUGCGAAGCGAAGAAGCAAGUGCAGAGACUGGAUGACGACCCUAAUACAUUUGAAGUAACGUAUUAUGGUCAUCACUCUUGCUGUAACAGCAGCGAAACAAGCAACAACACGAUACCAUGCUCUUCUUCCUCUACAAUGGUUCCUCCCCAUCCGUACAUCAGUACAUCUACUUAUAUGCAUUUGGGAGAAUCAUCAUCAUCAGCUAUGAGUGCAGAUGGUAAUCUAUUGAGGAUGAUGAUGGCAAUGACUGGUACUAGUACUUAUGCCACCAGUACUACCACCACGAUUACUAACUAAAUUUUCACUUUUCUUUCUUUUUUAUUACCUCUUUAAUUAUUACAUAAGUGGAGGUUUAUUUUUUUACCCGUAAUGCUGGGCAACUUUGCAUACAGAAAGUGAACUCUUUUCCUUGCGCUAAUGCAAGUGAGAUUCAAAUCCCAGGCAUCUAGGUACGACUAAUAAGAGCCCGACCAACGCAACGGUUGGAGGUUUCCUUUCAUCUCCGGGACUAGUAAUCUUCAUUCAUGUUUGCUGUUAUGUUUUUACAUGAAUUAAGUUGUAACCCGUUAAUCUGUUCAUUCUUUCAUAAGUGUAUUAUAAAUAUUUAAACAUACAACUUGCAUCCCAGCUAC